UGAGUGCCUGUGCCCGGUUUCCUGUUUGCGAGAUUCGCCCUCUGGUCUGAACACACCGCCUCAUACUUGAAAAGGCAAAAUCAGCGAAUUCAUCAAAAUUUCCUCAAUUUAACCAGACCAUUACGAGUGGUGGACAGAAUCCGUGUCUUUUCCUUUCACUCAUCAUGUCUUACCUUGCAGACGCACCGCCGUUGCCUCCAUUGUCGACCUUGUUCCCUCAUCUUCAUUCCGAUGCAAAGAACAUUCCUCCAUCCACCGACCCUUUUACGAUCACGACGACAACUGGGUUCCUACCAUGUCGUACUCCAUUACGUCGACUGCCGGCACAGUUCGAUGCAAUGUCCGACAUCCUCGACGAGAUGCCCAUCAUGAAGGCCGACGGCACUCCUGGUCUAGUGGCCAAGUUCCAGCUCGGUCCUCUGAUAGAAUCUGGGAAACUACCCGACCUCACGUCGUGUAUCGACGAUUUACGAGUGUCCAAGGACGAGUACGACCUUGAAGCCAUUACAGCUCUCUUCCGCGACUACAGUUUCUUGGCCAGUGCAUACCUGCUGGAACCCUGCUGGGAGAGUUGGUCCAAGGACAACAACGCUGGAUACGGUCUGGGUAGACCUGUUUUGCCUCGAUGCAUUGCUUCACCUCUCGUGAAAGCCGCCGACAUUCUCGACAUCCCACCGUUCAUGUCUUACGCCGCGUCGUACGCCUUGUACAAUUACCACCUCGUCGAUUCCGGGUUGGGUGCCGGCGUGUAUGAGAACCUAAGACUCAUCCGGGCCUUUGAACAUGGCCUGGACCCGAAGAGUUCCGAGGCCGGAUUCAUCUUGACUCACGUCCACAUGGUUCAGGAGACGGGACCGUUGAUUCAAGGCGCCACCGACCUUUUGAGUACCAUCGAAAAGUCCCCGGCGGACACCGACGCCGCCGUUUCCGCUUUCCGGACCAUGUUGACCGCCAUGAAGCGCAUCGAAGAACACAUGGAACAAAUGUGGUCUCACUCUCUACCAAAGGACUACAUCUCUUACCGCACCUUCAUCUUCGGCAUCACCUCGCAGUCCAUGUUCCCCGACGGUGUCAUCUACGAGGGUACGAGGUACGGCGACGACAAACCUCUGUACUUUCGAGGCGAGUCCGGGGCCAACGACAGCAUCAUACCGUUGUUGGAUCAUCUCUUGGAGAUCCCCAUGCCCAGCAACCCACUCACGGACAUCCUCAAGGACUUUAGACAGUACCGACCGAAACCGCACCGGGAAUUUUUGGCCUGGGUCAUGAGUAAGAGUGGUGAGGUCGGGGUGAAAGAGUAUUGUACUGGCACGAAAACAAAAGAGAAAGAUGAUAAUUCUUCUUCGUCUUCUGAAUCCUCGGCUCUACUUCUCACGACACUAUAUCUCAAACUUUUGGAACACGUCCGAAGUUUCCGUUGGCGUCAUUGGAUGUUUGCCAGGGAGUACAUCAUCAAACGUACCCCCCAUCCUACCGCGACGGGUGGAAGUCCCAUCGUCACCUGGUUGCCCAAUCAACUCUUCGCCGUCAUGGAUCUGAUGGAGUCGGUCUACAUCGAAAGUGGGUUGAAGGGUAUCGUCGAGAGUCGAGAAGUCGGUGGUACCGGUCAAAGUCCCGAAUUCAAGGCGGUCAAGGAAAUCAUGGACAACGCCAUCAUGCAGAGAGAGAAGUUGGACAAGGAGGUCAAGAAGUUUUGUUCAGAGAGGGGUGCAUGAUUUUGACACUGAUCGAGUGAGAGAUUGGAGAUUUAGGGUGAUUUUGGUUCUUUCGAGCAAGCAAGGAAGUAGACAAGGAUGGAGUAAAGGAUGCCAGGAAUGUCAAUUUUUGUAGUUCCA